AAAGAACGCCGUCCUCUCUCCUCGGCCAUCUGUUGACGUUUAUGCAAAGUGUUGUAUCCGGAAGGUCACCCCCACGAUAUAGUUGUGGAGAAUGGGAAGGGCAGAGGAGCUGCAGGUGCCUGACUAUGUGCUGGUGUACGAGGAGGAUGAGAAUGCCCAGCUUUACACAGGGCAGAGAUCGGACUUCCUGAACAAGGUGGAACAGACUGGACUUGUCCUGGAUCCUCCUGGGACUUGCACACAAGACAGUGAGGGGCAGAGAGCCAAAACUCAGAUCAUUAAAAUCAACGCUCCGUUUGAGAUCCUUAGCCAUGCAGCGGAGGAAAUGAAAUUGAAGAUGCCGUUGGCGGUGUCGAGAAGGGACAGUGGGGAUAAUUUGGACCGUGGAUUAAUCCGGAGAGUAAAAGUCCUGAGAACGAUUGAUGACUUUCGCAGAACGUAUGUGUCAAAAGUGCAAAACUAUCUUGAGACAGAUAAGGAAGAAGACUAUUACAGUGCACCUUACAGACAUGAGAAACGACACCUGUUCAAAGGAAUUGACAAAGAGGCCACAUUUUUUCGUCCUGCCGUGAGAUCUCUAAUUGUUCAUCACAUUCUGAAUGGAAUCCAAACACCCAAUGAUAAACAAAAGGAGAAAGUUGGAGAACCUAAUGAAGGAACAGAAAUGUGUUUACUUUGGCAAAGUUCUGAAGAUAAAGAUACUGAGAAAGUAAGAGGAGAGAAAGACAGUAUUUCCACUUUACAAUACUUGUUAAUGAAGAAAGCAUUUACAUCAGCCUUCACACUACAUGAAGGGCCCAUAUGUGAAGAGAAAACACUAAAAACACAGAAAACAAUAAAUGGUGAUCCACAUAAAAAUUGGAAUGACCUUCUUAAUCUGUGGGCCAGAACCUACAGAUUGCAGCCAUUAUGGAAGAUUAGAAGCUACUUUGGGGAAAAAAUUGCAUUUUAUUUUGCUGUGAUGGAACAUCUUUUACUACACUUAAUUACACCUGCACUCAUCGGUUUGGCUGUUUUUAUAUUUGGUCUUUAUUACAGUGCAUCAUGUUACAAUGCCCACAAAGACAUGAACACAUUCUUAUUUGCGUACAAUUGUAACAUCAUCUGUUCAACUCCAAACAUGGCCUCAGAAGUGGCAGAUAAGGCAUUGGAUCCAAUCAGAGGUAUCUGUGACAAUAUGGCUGAAAGGAGAAGGAAUAUUGAACAAAUUCUUAACAGAACCUGUAUCACUGAGGCCCAUGAUGACUGUAUUUUUCAGGUCCCUUCAGAUGAUACUGUUGAAGUACUCAAGUCCUCCUUUGACAAUGCUGCUACACCAAUAUUUGGGCUUUUUAUCUGCCUUUGGGGUACGAUAUUUUUGGCAAGAUGGAAAAGGAAGAAUGCAGAAUUAAUAUACGAGUGGGAUGUUGAAGAUUACGAAAAUAAUGAACAAGUCAGGCCUCAAUUUUAUAGAACAAAACCAGAUCGAAUCGAAGCCUUUUGCCCAGGAUACAGACGACAACUGAAAAUUGCACUUUCAAUUUCAGUUGGGCUUGUAAUGGUGGGCUGUGUAUUCAUCAGUGUCGUGGCAGUGGUAAUUUAUAAAACCUGGGUUAGAUUUCGAGUGAUAACAUCUAAUUCGCUUGAAAAUUUCUUCUUAAGUACUGUUGUUAGCUCAUUACUCAAUGCGCUGUCCAUUUUAGUCCUGGGAAAGGGGUAUCAGAAAAUUGCAGUUAAAAUGACUGACUGGGAAAACCACAGAACUGAGACUGAAUACAAUGAUGCUCUGAUCAUCAAGUUUUUUGCCUUUGAGUUUGCCAACAAUUAUUCACCUCUCUUUUAUAUUGCAUUUCUCAGAACGAACAAUGAACAGUUUUUCACAUCAAUUGGUUUGCCUGGCUUGGAGGAUAAUUGUGGAGAGCUGAACAAUUGCAUGACAGAACUUUGCUUUCAAGUCUUAAUGCUGAUGAUCACCCACCCACUUCCAAAGUUUCUGAAAGAUGUUAUUAUACCGUGGGCAAAACAUCUGAUAUGCGGAGUCUGUGGUAAUACAAACAAAGAAUCCCAUCAAAAAGAAUGCAGUACAGUGAAUGGCUACAUUCUCAGAGACUAUAACAAACCUGACCUUGGAAACUUCACACUGGAGGAGUAUACUGAAAAAGUUAUACAAUAUGGUCUCCAGAUGCUUUUUGCUGUCUCAUUCCCUCUGGGACCAUUUAUUUUCUUCUUAACCAUACUUUUCGAUAUACGUGUGGAUGCUAAACGACUGUUAUUGAUGUACAAACGUCCCAUCGCUCACAUGGCUCAAGAUAUUGGUCACUGGUUUACAGUAUUGGAUCUUAUAAAUAACGUUGCCGUGGUGACCAAUGGCUGCAUCAUUGCAUUCACUUCAGAAUUCGGGAGGGAGAAGCCCUUUUAUCAAAAACUCAUCAUCCUGAUUGGGUUUGAGCAUCUUGUGUUUGUAGUGAAAUUUCUGCUGUCAACUUUGAUGCCAAAUGUUUCUCGGCAGAUACGCCUGGCAAUGAUUGAGGAAAAAAGGAAAGCAAAAGAAAUAGAAAAUGACAAGGCAAGGCAACAUGACACAUUGCAAGAAUUUUGCAGAAAACACAAAUAUUGCUAAUGAUUUUGAACAGCAGACAGAAGUUUUGAAGUGAUACCAAAACCAGGGCAUUGUUUCUGUUCACAGGCUUUUCAUGGCACUAAUGAUUGCAUUUGAACCUUUUAAAAGGACAUAAGAAGAGAAUAUGUUAAAACUAGAGAAGUGUAAGUCAUUCCACUGAAAGUGAUGGGCAACAUGAAAACAUGAAUGAGAAAAUCAACAAAUAAAAAUUCUAGUGCCAUGUUAACAAUAAUUUUAACAUUUAGAUGUGUUACAAAAAGAGACCCAAGAAAUGCCAAAUAAGUUUUUAACUGAUGCCAUGGAAAGAGUUACAGUGGCAAUUUGGGAGGUGGAGAAUAGAUCUCUCAAUUGCAGCGUGGAUGUAAAGCUUCCUUUACCCAGUACCAAUCAAUUAUACAAAGUUACAUUGUUGCAUACAGACAGCACUAGCCACACUAAUGUAAUGCUUAUAAUUGUGCGUCCAAUGCCAGUUAACAAUAAUUUGGAUUACUGCAUCUUUUAAAGACAAAUGUUCUAUGGUUGGAUUGGGUGCUGGAAGUAAUUCUACAAUGAUUUGGGCAUGUGAAAUCCCUAACAUUAACACCAAAUGGUAGAGUGGGGACUUUAAGAUUUCCCAUACUGUACCAGAGAUCUUGGUCAAGAAGUUGCAGGGGAGAAGAAAUAUCUAUGCACAGAGAACCAGGAAACCUUUCAGGCAAAUUCUUCAAAGUUAGCUGAGAUGAGCAAUGCUGGGUGUCAAGACCAGACCUGGAUAUAGUGCCACAAAAAGCUCAGUAACUUUGCCAGCGUGUUUUCAAAUGCUGGUAUCCGACCAAGUGAACCAUUAUCCUCAGCCACCACGCUAUACAAUACCACACCCCUAACAGUCACCUGCCUACAGUGUCUGUCAAUCAGGACUCAUACCCAACAUUAAUAAUCUUCACUUCACUUUUAAACAUUUUAGCAGUGCCUCAAGCCUUACAGACACAUUGGCCAAGUUGAUUGCAUUAAGUUCACUGGCAUACUUCCCUCUCUCAGAGCAUGACUUGAGGGCGGGUGCUAUUGUGUCUUGAAGCACAGUUUGGAGUGCAGUUGUUUGCAGUUUACCUAAAUAGGGAAAGAAAUUGAACAGUUACGAUUAUCAUUGCUGAAUACUUUCAUUAGACAAGGAGUACACAAGUCUAAAAGACAUCUAUCAAAGUGAAAUAACUGCACAGAGGCCAAUACCAAGUCACUUUUUGUUUACACAAGCACAGUACGUAGUCUCUGAAUAGUUAGCUCUGAGCCAGUCCCUAGAAUAAUGAGAUUCUCUGAGUCUCCUGUUUAUAUCUGUCAGCUAGGACUCCCUGAUUGGGGCAGUUAACCUGGGCCAAUCAGGCAUCUCACAAUCAACAAGAUCCACCUGGCCAACCUCGUUUCAAUCACUACAUCCCUCCCCCGCCACGUCCAGGGAUGUAGACCUGUUCUUUUUCUCGUAGCUUCUUCUGGGACGUUUUUGCCCGAGGUCGGGUUUCUCUGACUCUGACUUGGACCCAGACAUCAUGCACUGGACUGUAGCCUAUCUUUUGUACCUGGAGUGUCUCAGAAGCAUUUCCUCCUCUUCUUCCGGCGAAAAUGGUAUUACUGCUGCAUCCUUCAUGGUAUCUGAGGUUUCUUCAACACUAGGUGGAGGGGGAAGAACCGACAGUUUCUGACAGGCCUUCUGGCUGUUCUUAAGGGCCAGGCAUGUUUUGCUCCUGUCGCGUUUGUGUGGUAGCAACUUUCAUAUGAUCCACAAGUUUGUUCAGGACUGCCUCUCCUACAUGAACUUGUAUGUCUUGGGACCUGACCUCACAUCAGCCUUGCCUUUUACCUAUACACUGCCAUUUCCAUGGUUCCGGCAGUAAAUGUCAUCCCCUGAAAUAAUAAACUGUCUCUCUCUCUCUCUCAGACGAGGCAUGUGGUAGGCAUUGGCGUACCUGACACGCUGUUUCAUCCUCCCACCCAGGUCCAGGAAUAUCACUUUUAACCUGGUACAGAGUUUCCUCCCCAUCAGAAACUCUGCUGGAGCUGUUGUUGUUGUUUCAUGAGGGGUGGUCCUAUAAUCAAACAGGAACCAUGACAGUUUGGUAUCAAGUGAAACUGUAGACUGUUUCUUUAAGCCUGCCUUCAAAGUUUGGACUACUCUUUCCAUUGCACAGUUGUAGUAUCUGUUUGAAGUUCAAUUAGGCUUCAGCUAGUAGGCACUUUUGCCUGGUUACAUCAUUAAUCCCUCAUACCAAAUGGUGUCUCAGCAUUUUAUUCAGGGUUAACCCAAAAUCAGAUGCCUCUGUCAGUCAUUUUAACCUCAUCAAAAAUUCUGAUAAAGUUUCUCCUGGUUCUUGGACUGGUGAAUAAAACUGACAACAUUUCAGAAUUACAGGAGACUUGGGGUCACACUAUUCCUUAACUAAAUCUGUCAAUUCUUGAAAGGUGUUAGUAUCUGGUGCCUCAGGGAAGGUUAGGCUUCUAAUACCCAAAAAAGCUGCAGGUCAGCAAGCAGUAAGAAGAAUUACUCAUUGCUUUUCCUCUGCCCUGAUGUCAUCUGCCCAGAAGAAUUAAUGCACUCUUUCCACAUAGUGGGGCAGGACCAAACAAGCUUCCCAAAUAAAUGCAUGAUGCCAGAAAUGUUUACUCCAACUGAAAAAAAGAUUGCAGCAAGUGAAUUUUCUUCAGGAGCAUGCUUGCCACUGAACUAACUACACAGAGGCUGGUAUCCCACUAUCCAACUAGCUCAGUACCAAUCCCUAGAAUGAGGAGAAUCUAAGACUCCUGUCAGCCAGGGCUCCCCAAUUGGAUUGUUAACCUGGGCCAAUCAGGGAUCCCAUACUCAAUGGGAUUCUCCUCGCCAACCUUGUUCCAAUCACUACACAAAAAAGCUGGUUUCAAAAGACCACAGAUAAAGCUGUGCAAUGAUAACCUUGAUUCCUUGGGAAGUACAGAAGGAGAACUUUAGCCCUGUUUCAUCUGCUGAACGCUGUGCCUGGCUGUUAGGUAAGCACAGAGCAGGUAAGGACCAAGCAAGGUUAGGCAGUGAAAAUCUCUGUGGUUAAUAAAUUGUUAGUACUCACAGUCAGAUGUACAUUGGCCACUUAAAUAGAUAUAUGAAGGUGCCCGAGAAAUCCUGACUUGCAAGAGUAAGGGAGAAAUCAAAACGUAAAUACCUGUUAUAUGCUUACAAUAUUUCUUCUCAUUUUGGACUCAGGAAAAGAUAGACAUAAAUGUAUACAUCCCUGAAGAGAUAUCCGAUCUGCACUGAAAUUGAAUAAAUUAGGAGCUGUACGUGAGGAUUGACAUGAUCUUAUCAAAAUUAAAUAUGUAUGAUGCAAACUAAAGGAACAAAGAAAAAUUAAAAUACUGGAGAUAUUGAAAAUGUGACUUGGUCCCUGACUGCGAAAGCCCGAGGCAGUGGGGAAUCUUGUCUGCCUCCUGUUCAAAGAUGGAAAAUAAAACUUUGCUCACCUCAGCUUUUUUUUUAGUGUGCAAUGUUUGCAAGUGACUCCCUUUCUAGAUUCUGAUUGGCCUGCUGUGUGUUUCCUGUAUUUGUUACGUCAUACUUGCAGUAUUAUUCUUUCAAUGUUGUGAAAAUGAGCCACUUCAUUUUAGCAAAAUCACAAAUUAGGUUAGGCACAAUUAUCUAUACUGAAAUAGGAUAUUUCAGAAGUAUGUAAAGUAAGGGUUUGGGAUGCCAGUUCAAGAAAUCAUGUUUGAUGCAAAAGCUCACAUUCAAUCCGUAUGGAUGCAACAAUAUGCACAAAAUUGUUCGGGUUGCUGGGUGCAAUGCAAAGAUGUUCAUGAAGAUUUCUUCUGCUCAGUACUUUUCAUGACCAACAGCAUAGUUUCAAAGCAGGAUGUAUUGGACUUGCAAUUACAUUGCAAACCUUCCCUAGUUUUAAAUGAAAUGUUACAGAGAUAUCCCUAAAGUUUCAGGAGGACCAAGCCUCCAUUAUUUAGGAUUCCACGUGAAGUACAAAGUAAAGCAAAUUUUCAUAAACACUUUCCGAUAAUAAUGCACAGUAAAAAGCAGAGCAAUUCAUUCAGAGUAGUCAAUACUCUUGAUCGUCUAUCUGCACCACAACUAAGAUCAUCUGCUUCCACCUCUGUAUCAUCACCAACUCUGUCCCUACUCAGUUCCAAUAUUUCUGAAACACUUAUCUAUAAGGAAUACCUUCAGACUGGACUUUUCCAAAGUUCAACUGGCCAGUCACCUGUAUUCUACCCUUCCUACCCUAUUUUAAGCCUAACCUAAACCCUCCUUAUACUUAAAGUCAUCCAAAACUCCCCUGCUCAAGCCCUUUCACCAAACCCUGUUCAUCCAUUUCUCUCCACUACAUUUGCGUGUGUCACUCCCAAUCAACAUUAGCUCCAAUUAAAUAACACCUCCAAUUUUAAAAUCCUAAUCCUCAUGUACAAAACCUUCAAUGACUUUAUCUCUUUUACCAGUCCAUGACUCUGCAAUCUUCCGAUAUACCUGCACUUCUCCAAUUCAGCCCAAUAGAGCUCCUGCAGUUGUACUUGCUCCGUCACUGGUGAUUGUAACAUCACCUUCCCAAGACCUUAGGUCCUCCAAUCCUGCACUGAGCUAUGCCUCUUCCACCUUGUUUCUCUUUUGUAUGGGUCUACCUCUCCGGUCAGGUCUUUUUGUCAUUUGCUAUGGUUCAGUUUGUGGUUCAAUGACAAACUUAGUUUGUUAGCAUUCUUAUGAAUUGCUUUGAGAUGUUUUGCUUCAUUUAGGUGCCAUAUAAAUGCAAAGAAUUGUUGUUAAAACAACAUAUGUAUUUCUUUGCCCCCACCCCCAUUGUCGGCUAGGAUUGUUAACAUCAUUAUUAUUGGAGAAAGCAUGGUUUUGUUUUACUUCUGUUUGUGACACGGCCAAGUACAUUUUUAUUCAUUUUAAAUAUGUCUUAUGUUAACACCAGGCCGUGCUCUGUAUCUAGUCUUUCAUUUCAACUUUAGAAAAGAUAGUUAGCAAACCAAUGAAAAGGUAUUUCUUCCCUCUUAACCCAGCACUAAUGCUGACAUGCACCACUCACGUAUUAUCAGAUGGGAUUCCUGCACUGAGACAUAAUCACAUACCUGGAAAUAUCUUAAUGCUUGUACUUGUAAUGUUUACAUUGGCAAAUAAAAUAUUUGAUCUCAGGUUGUUGAAUUUAUGCACUUAAAACAAUAUACUAAUAAUUAAUAAGUUUGCAGUUCGCAGCAACGUUCCUAAAGGUGUAUGAAAUUCCUAUGUGCGUUAUUUUCAAUACUGUAGUUCAAUUCUCUGCAUGUAGCAUUUGUUAAAUGAUAUAUUAUUUGUGCCUGUAAUGAUUUUCCUGCAAACAUGAAGAAUAAAUCAACUUUUCUGAUAUC